AUGGAUAUUAAAGAUGAUUAUUAUUCUGAUACUGCUAAAAAUAAGCCUAAUCAAUGUGAUAUGUGUGUUUUGGAGGACCAAAGACUUUUCUACAUUGAUCAUAUCAGUAGGCGAUCUUAUUGGCAACCACCAAAAAUAUCCUGGAACUGUAGAUUGGGUUUCCCAUAUGGUUGGGAAGAAGCAAUGGAUGUAUUUGGAUUUCCAUACUAUAUAAAUCAUAUAUCUAAAAGUGUUACAUAUAACGAUCCUAGACAAGGAGCAUCCUCAGAUUCCUCUGGAUAUUUUGAAGUGCCAAAUAGUCAAUUAUCUUGUAAAGAGAUAUCUUCUGGUGACCAUUCUGUAUCUGGUUCAUAUAUCUUAAGUUCAGAUAUUGAUAUGUCAGAAUCAUCUAUUGAACCAAUAAUAGGAAAAAUGAAUAAAGGAAAACAUUCUUUAAAAAAACAACAUAAUGAGGAUAAUAAAUAUUUUGAUGGAGAUUCAGCAACUGAAGAGAAAAGGCAGGUAAAAUUAAUUAAAGAUCCUGGUAUUGGUUUUGGUUUUGUUGCUGCAUCACAGAUGCCUGUUAUAGUACAAUAUGUUACUCCAAAUGGACCCAGUGAUGGUAAACUAUAUAUUAAUGAUCAAAUAUGUAUGGUUAAUGAUAUUCCUGUUUAUAAUAUGGAUAAAGAAGAAGUUGUUAGUAUGAUAAGAGAACAGAAUCAUGAAAUAUUACUUACCGUUCAACAGUUACCAAAGAAGAAAAAAACAAACAAAAAAAAUUUUCGUGUACGAUUUACGGAUAAAAUACAUGUUUCGAAUAUGAAAUCUUCUGAUUUUUUUGAUGAAAUACCUAAUGUUAUGCGGGUGUAUCUUGAAAAUGGGCAGACAAAAAGUUUUAAAUUUGAUGAAACAACUACUGUUCAAGAUAUAGUUAAUAAUAUAUGUUCAAAAUUACUUAUUAAACAAGUUAAACGUUUUGUAUUAUCACUUGAAAAUUCUUUAAGUUUACGAGCUUCUAAAUUAUGUUUAUUAAGACCAGAUAUGAAAAUUUGUGAUCUUUCAAAUUCGGCUUAUGUAACAUAUACACGAUGCCGUUUUCGUAUUGCUUUUAUGCCCCAAGAUAUUAUUUCAUUUCAAAUAUCAGAUCCCUAUGCUUUUGAUUACCUUUAUUUUCAAUGUACUAAUGAUGUUGUAGGAGGAAGAUUUAGUUUAGAAAUGAAAUAUGAAGUUUGUAUGAGAUUAGCUGCUCUCCAACUGAGACAACUUGCUUAUGAUAAUGGAAAUUUAAUAGGUAAUCAUGUUAGUAUUAAUUGUAUGGAGAAAGAGUAUGGUUUAGCUACAUUUUUGCCUAUGAUUUUACUAGAAAAUGUUAAAAUUAAACAAAUUAAAAAACAUUUAAGAUUAUAUUUAAAAAAAGAUGAAGGCAAUAAAAGAGAUGAAAGAAAUUUUUCAUUAGUUAAAAAAUGUAUACAAAGUGAGUUAGGAAGUGAAGAAUUUAUUGAAAAUACAGAAUCUAUUUAUUCAUUAAUUGAAAAUACUAAUGAUAUUGGAAAAAUAUGUAAAUUAAAAUAUGUUGAAAUUGUUUCACUUUUACAAUCAUUUGGAGGUAAAACAUAUAAUGUAACAUUUAAACAAACACAAGUUGAUAUGAUUCUUCAAAUAAAUCAUAUUCAAGGUUUAUUAAUAAGACAACAAGGUAAUCAUAGUCAACCAACAAUAUCUGUAUCAUAUGAUUUAAUAGAAAAAAUUAUUAUAACUGAUGAAACAGAAAUAUUAAAAUUAAUAUUAAUUGAACUUAAAAAUAAUUGUCAUCCUGGUUUAGAUUUUUUAAUUGAUAAAGAAUAUGCAGAAGAUUUAGUUUAUUAUAUUAUUGGUUAUGGUAAAGUUGUUUAUUCAAAAGAUAUAUUAUGUAUAUUUGAAAAACAUGUGCCUUCAAGUGUCUUGUCAAAUUAUGGUCCACCACAUUUUAGAUCUAUACAUAUAGUAACACCAUCUGAUUGGAAUUACUCAUCAGAAGUUGAUCCAUCUUCAAAAAUGGUAAUUAAUCUUAUUAAUGAUCCACCAGAUUAUGAACAAGCUAUAAAAGCAACAACAGCAUAUUUUAAUGAUUCAAAAGAAAAAGAUGAAGUUGAUUAUUAUAAUAAUAUUGAAGAAAAUAAAAAUUUAAUUAAAAAUAAUGAGGUAAAAGAAGAAAAUACUGAAGGUAUUACAGUAGAAAUUCUUCAAGCUUCUAAUGAAAGUCUUGAUAAUCGUAGAGAAGGAAAUAUUCAAAAUAGUAGUUUUAAUUUAAAAUUUAAUGAUUCAAUUAGAUUACACAAAAAAAGGCAUUCAAUUGUAAGUAGUCAAAUAAAUUUAUCAACUUCAAAUACAUCAUUAACCGGUAUUGAUUAUGAUAAUCGAAGAUCUUCAACAAUUAGUUUUAAUAUAAAUAAUAUAAACUUGUUAAAAUCUCAUUUAUCUAAUCAAAAUGCAAAUUCUGCUUCCCAUUUAUCAGGAACAUCUAUAAAUGAGGAACACAAUAGUCCUCAUAGUGCCAAAAUGAGUCCUGUUAAAAGUGCAAAAAAUAAUGGAAUUACAACAGUUCGGAGAACUUCAAUACAUCCCUUUAAUACAUAUACUGAUAAAGAUGUUCCCGAUUGUGAAAUGGUUAAUAGUAAAACGGCAUAUAAUAUAAAUCAAGAAGAAAAGAAAAAUAUUGAAAAGAAUAGUGAUACUACGGUUGACAGUAUUAUUUCAACAACAAUGCCAUUGUCUGAUUCAUCAACUAUUAGAAAAAUUUCAAACAAUCAUCCUAUUAACUUAUUCAACUUACAGGAACAAGAUCAUGAAAAAGAGAUAAUUGACUUAACAAAUGGCAUUACAUUUUCUCAAAAUUUUCAAACUACUCUUUAA